UUGGCGGUUAAAGGAAAGUGCGGAAAAUUGAGAGGAAUUGUUAUUGCACAUUGUUGCUUAUAAAAAUAUUGUUCGUAUACGUUUGUUCAGGGAAUAUUAUACAAAAUGAAGUGCGCCAUACCUGAAAUAUCUUGGCAUAAUCGUGAUCCAGUGCUUAGCAUUGAUAUACAACCGAAAAAUUCAAACGACAAAAAUGAGUUCUAUCGACUUGCAUCAGGUGGGACGGACUCCCAUGUUUUGAUAUGGUACAUGACCUUCAAUGAAUCUGGAUCGAUAAACUUAGACAUUGCUGCUGAUCUAACGCGACAUCAAAGAGCAGUUAAUGCUGUGAAAUGGUCACCUAACGGUGAACUCCUAGCAUCAGGUGAUGAUGAGAGCGUGAUAUUUAUUUGGAAACAAAAAGGAGAAAGUGAAGUUUUGAACAUUGUCGACACAGCCAAUGAACAAGACAAAGAAAUUUGGUUGACUCUUAAAAUCUUACGUGGUCACAUGGAGGACGUUUACGAUCUGAGUUGGAGCCCAAACAGUCUGUUUCUUGCCAGCGGGUCUGUCGAUAAUACGGCAAUGAUUUGGGAUGUGUCUAAAGGAAAGUCAGUGGCUCUUUUGAACGAGCACAAAGGAUUCGUUCAAGGUGUUGCAUGGGAUCCACAAAAUCAGUAUCUUGCCACCUUGAGCACAGACAGGUACCUCCGAAUAUUCGACAUACAAACAAAGAAGACAUUACAUCGUGUGAGCAAAUGUACACUCCCCGUGCCUCCUGAUAAUAACUUGUUUGACAAGUCAGUUCGAUUGUUUCAUGAUGAUACAUUACAAACGUUCUUCCGGCGAUUAUGUUUUAGUCCCGAUGGGAAGCUACUCAUUACUCCGGCUGGUGUUGCUGAUUUUGAUGGAGUAACGAAACCUAUAAACUUAACUUAUAUCUUCUCCAGAUACAGUCUGAAACAACCCGCAAUAAUUCUCCCUUCUCCGGACCAAUAUACAGUGGCUGUAGUAUGCUGCCCGCUCUUAUUUAAAUUGCGUCCACAUAGCGAUACUAACCAGCCAGUUAUUCCACUGCCUUAUCGAAUGAUUUUCGCCAUUGCUACCAAGACAUCGGUUUACUUAUACGAUACACAGCAAACGAUGCCAUUCGGUUUAAUAUCAAAUAUUCAUUAUACACGUUUAACGGAUUUGGCAUGGUCGAAUGACGGAAGAAUUUUGGUAGUCUCAAGUACAGAUGGUUUCUGUUCGUUGAUAACGUUUGCGGAGGACGAAUUGGGUGAAGUCUACGUUAAAGAGAAUGUGACAGAAAAUAAAGUGGAACAGGUGAAUAAGGAAAAUAUCAAACCUAAUUCUGAUGCAGUCGAGAAACCGAAAAAACCUGCAAGCAAUGCUAAAAGUACAAAGGAAGACGAGAAGAAGAAGCCAGAAACGAUCAUCACAGACGUUCAAUUAGAAACUUUACCUAUUAUUGACAACGCUGUUAUUCCAGAAAUUAUCAGUUCCGAUAGCAAAUUUGAAACACCGGAAAAGAUAAAUCGACCUGUUACUCCUAUUCCGAUCCAUCGGCAACCGCGCAGUAAUCUGGACACAUCUGUUCUUCUGUCACCUGAACAUACAGAAGAUAUUCGUUUGGUUUACGAAGAAUCACAGGAUUCGAGCGAGAGAACGAAAUCUUAGACAAACAAGUUAAAAGAUUUUAUUUUAUGAUUUCCCUAUGACUAACUUUUUAGCUGUAUCCUAAGUUAAAUUAAAUAUAAGCGGAAGUGAUGAA